AUGAUUGAUUCGAGUUUCUUAGUUAGUGGCUUUUUAUUUGGAGUUCUAGGAUGGUUUACUUAUAAAGUAUAUAUUUGGCCGUAUUAUAUUUCUCCUUUAAGAAAAAUUCCUGGUCCACCAUCCGAAAGUUUCAUUUUUGGAAAUUUUAUUAAAUUAUUCGCAGAAGAGUCUGGUGAACCACAAAUCCGAUGGGUGAAAAAGUAUGGAAGUAUAUUAAAAUAUUAUGGGGUAUUAAAUAAACCCAUUAUUCUAGUAACAGAUACUAAAGCUAUACAAGAUAUUGCUUUAAAUCAAACCUAUGACUAUCCUAAACCUUCUUUAUUGGAUGCUCUCAUGAGAAUCCUUGGCAAAGGAAUUGGAUUUUCAGAAGGAGAAACUCAUAAGAGACAAAGAAAAAUGAUGACUCCAGCGUUCUCCCAUAAUAAUAUUAAAGAAAUGGUACCAACUUUUAUUCGCGUAGCUUCAACGUUAAAAGAUUUAAUUGAAGAUAAAGUAAAUAAAGGAGAAUCAAGAAUUAUUAUUUCACCUUAUUUGUCAAAAGCAACUCUAGAUAUUAUUGGCUUAGUUGGUUUUAAUUAUGAAUUUAACUCUCUAACGUCUAAGAAUGAAUUAGCUGAAGCUUAUGAUACUAUUUGGAAUUUCAAUUCAACACCUUUAGCCAUUACCAUUACUCUCUUAUCAACCGUUAUUCCAUUUAUUAGACAAAUUCCAAUAUCUACUAAUAUAAGAUUUAAUAAUGCUAUUAAAGUUGUUGAACGCAUAUCAAUGAAAUUGUAUGAAGAGAGACGUCAAGAAGUUAAAGAUAAUAAAUUGGUUGGAAAAGAUCUACUCUCUUUAUUAAUCAUGAUCAAUCAAGAUUUACCAAUUGAAGAUAAAAUGACUGAUGAAGAAUUAAAAUUUCAGAUUAUGACAUUUUUAGCGGCAGGACAUGAAACUACAAGUGUUGCAAUUAGUUGGGCUUUAUACUUACUUGCACAACAUCCCGACGAACAAAAUUUAUUACGUGAAGAAUUAGUUAAAGCUUUUCCUGAUAAAUUAAAUUUUAAUCCUACAUUUGAUGUAAUUAAUUCUUUGGAAUAUUUAAAUAGUAUAGCUAAAGAAACUUUAAGAUUGAUUCCGCCAGCUACAAAUAUUUUCAGAACUAAUUUAAAAGAUACGGAGUUUGGUGAUUAUUUCAUUCCGAAGGGUACAAUAGUCGUAAUUCCAAUUGUGGCACUUAAUAGAUUACCAUCAAUUUGGGGACCAACGGCCGAUGAUUUUGAUCCAAAAAGAUGGUUAAAUUCUUCCUUAAUUAAAAAUGUAACAAAUUUUAACUAUUUACCUUUUCAUACUGGACCAAGAUCUUGUAUAGGCAAUAAAUUGGCUAUGACUGAAUUUAAAAUAUUGCUGAGUAUGUUAAUUAGGAAUUUCGUCUUUCAGCCAGUUGAAGGAUUGCAUAUAAAGAGAAAAAAUGAUAUAGUUAAUAAACCUCAUCCCCAUCUGGAAUUAGUUAUUUCUAAAGUUGAAGCUUAA